AUAAAAGGUCCGCCGGUCUCCUUCGCCGCUCCAGAGGAGGCUCCGGCAAGGGGCGAGGCGGGAGCUUUGGCGCAGCCGACUAGCGAAGUAUUUUUUUAAAGAAAGUUGUGAAAUUGCAGUAUUGUCUUCAAGUGGCAAAAAUGCAUACCACAAAGCCCAGGAUGGUGGUUCCUUAUGGCCUCAAGACUCUACUUGAGGGAGUGAGCAGAGCAGUUCUGAAAGCCAGUCCCUCUAACAUUACUGAAUUUGCUGCUGUGUAUUUCAGGGAACUGAUACUUUUCCGAGAAGACCACCCUAAUUUAGACAUUAAAGACCUGGUGAGAGAGUUUCAUAUGACUAGAGUGGAAGGAUGGGCAGAAGGGACAGCAGGAGCAACGCAGGUGCCCCGCAAAAGGGCUGACGUGGGAGAUGCGUAUAGGCCAGAGGCGGACACGACGGCUCCGAUGAGUGACGAACCGAAACGGAAGGAGAAAUCGACAGACACAGAAGAGGACCAGAUAAGUGAAGAACCACGCCGUGAACAGUGCACCAAGACAACCCAGUACCCAUCGACCGUGGAUGAUUUUGCAGACAGGGCUGGGGACGAAAAGGGAGCUGGGCUCGCCUACGUCCCGGCCGAUCCAGCCCAGCUGGCAUCCCAGAUGCUAGGUAAAGUUGAACCUGUUUCUUCCGAAGCUGAACUGAAGGACGUGGCAGUCUCAGUGCAGACGCUCCCUACCUCAUCCCAAAGUGUAGAGAAUCUUGUUGCUUCAGUCACAGAGGCCCCGCCACCCGCACCGGAACCUGCCCCUGCCCCAUCGGAAGUAGCGCCUGCCCCCGCAGAAGAGGAAGCGCCUGCCCCCGCAGAACCAGAACCUGCCCCUGCAGAACCAGAACCUGCCCCCGCAGAACCAGAGCCUGCCCCCGCGGAACCAGAGCCUGCCCCCGCGGAACCAGAGCCUGCUGCCCCUGCAGAAGCAGAAGCAGAGCCUGCUGCCCCUGCAGAAGCAGAAGCAGAAGCAGAGCCUGCUGCCCCUGCAGCUUCUGUACACUCUCUCAGGGCUGGGUCCGCCACUCAGAGUCACACCUCCGCUCCUGGGGAUGUAGUUACCUCAGGCAGUCAGGCUGAGCAGCCACCUGCUGACGUAGCAGAUCCAGAUUCCUCAGACCCCUUGCUGGAAGAACAGCCACCCCCGCCGCCACCACCACCUCCUCCUCCUGAUAAAGACCCAUUGCAGGCUGAAUCUUGUUCAAGUGAAAUUGAGCUCACAUCAGACAUACAGCUCACCCCCAUGUGUGAUGAUGAUCCCAAUGCUGGUGGAGAGCCCCAACCACCACCGUAUGUAGAGCAGUUUCCACAGCAGAUAGUAAUUCCUUUCGUAGACACUGUAGCAUGUCUCUUUAAUCCGCUGAUGGCUUCGCAGAAUGCAGGUCAGUUUGCUAGUAUUCUAGAUCCAUCUGCAGAUGAUGCAGAAUGUGACCCUGACAGGAUGGAUACUGCAGAGGAACUGAGUUCAGCUGAUCCAGGUUUUAUUAUGUCAGUUGCCAUACCACUGGAAGAUGUGAUGAAUGGGAAGAAGGGCUCAGGAGCUGGGGAUAAAGCACCCUUUGCAGGCAGCUAUGGUAUAGCAGGAGAAAUCACAUUUACUACUGCCUCUAUGCGCAGGACAGAAUAGCAAACGGAUUGAGAAGAGGUGCUGUUCAACAUUUCACCCCAGAAUGGAAACCUGCAUCUUUAAUUAGAAAUUGAUUAACUAAUACACGCAAUAAAGCAAUGCAAGCGCUCUUA